AUGCUCAAGCGCGUCCGCAGUCAGUCUGCGCAUAGUGUCCUCUGCUGUCCCAUCGGAGUGACGCUGUUUCCAACGCCAUUCCCUCGAGCGCAUUUCGAUCAAGCACUCGAACUGCAGAGCAUCUAUCACGAGCUGUACUGUGCUAUGACCGAAGAUGAGCAUUGGAUACAAACAACCCUACAAGAGAUACUUCAUGUCAACUCGCUUGCUGCGGCUUUGUGGGAGAUACACCGGAAGGUCAAGCGUGUAGAUGGGUACAUCCAAAACAUUUCAUGUGGAAUAUUCCGUUCAGACUACAUGCUUCAAGGCGACGGAACCUCAAAACUGGCUAUCGACCCAGCCGACGGCCCUAUCUCCACCCCGCAGCUGAAGCAAGUCGAGUUCAAUACCUUCUCCUGCGCCGGGGCCUCCCACGCCCAAAAGACCGUGGAUAUGCACCGCCAUUUUACCCGUACAGGCGCAUACGCUUCCCUCACAAACGGGGGUUCACCUGUUAGUCUUGCUGCCUUGCCUGAAAACAACAAUAUUCAAUCACUAGGUGCCUGCCUCGCAGAAGCGCACGCCCUCUAUGGGCAAGCAAAGAGCAAGGUAGCUGCCAAAACAGCCGUCCUCUUUGUUGUCCAGCCCCAGAACUUCAACAUUGCUGACGAACGGCCCGUCGAAUAUGCGCUGUGGAAUCGAGACAGUCCCGUCCCCGCCUACCGUGUCGAAUGGGGCGACGAUCUCCUCGCACACACCUCCCUGUCCAAAACGAAAGAGCUGCUCUUUCACCCACCGUGGCUGCAGUUACAAGCCCCCAUCGAGAUCUCCGUCGUCUACCUGCGCGCCGGCUACGAAGCCGACGAAUACAACGAUGCAGGCAAGAGCGCGCGCGUCCGAUUGGAGACAUCCCGAGCGAUCAAGUGCCCGACGUUACUGGCACAGAUCCUCACGUUCAAGAAGGUCCAGCAAGCCCUCGCAGAGCCCGGCUCGGUGGAGAGGUUCCUGUCGCCGGAGAAGGCAGCCAAGAUCAGGAAGACGUUCGUCCCCAUGUAUCCGCUGGAUGAGUCGCAAGCGGGUGUGCGGGCUCGAAAGUGGGCAGCUGAUCCCGAUGUCGCGGAGCACUUCGUGCUGAAACCAUCACUGGAGGGUGGAUGUCACAAUGUCUACGGGGCGAAUAUACCGGAUUUUCUGGCUUCGGUUGCGCCGUCCGCGUGGUGUGCAUACAUCUUGAUGGAGCGCAUCCGCUCGCCGGCGGUGUAUAAUGUACUCAUGUCGCCGCAGGGCAUUGGCUCGGGCCAGGUCGUAUCGGAGCUCGGCGUGAUCGGGACCUGUAUCUGGAAGAAGAGGACGAUGGAGGGCUCGGAAUUUCUGAGUAACACAGUUGCAGGGUGGUCAUUCAAGACCAAGCUUGCCGGCGUGGAUGAGAUGAGCGUGGUGAAGGGCUAUGGGUGCUUUGACACUCCACUCCUAUACUGA